CAAAACUUGUCAAGAAAAAUUGUUUUUCCGAAUGUUUAAAUGUAAAAAAAAUCAAUUUAAAUUAUGAAUUAAGUGAAAAUUGUUGCCUAAAAAUGGAGAUAAGCGAAGAAACUAGUGAUACCAAUAGAACAGUAGUGGAUUUGUCUAAACAAUCCUUAAAGAAAAUACCGAAAAACGAGAAUGUGCAGGAUAUUCGGCAAUUGAUACUCGACGACAAUGAGUUGCAAAAGUUCGACAACAUCGAUUCGUACGCAAAAGUCGAAAAGCUGUCUGUGGCGCGAAAUGUCCUGAUGCGGAUGUACUGCGUGGGUCGCUUGCAGAAUUUGCGGGAGCUGAAUCUCUCGUACAACCAAAUAAUCACGCUGGAGGGCACAAAAGAGCUCGUUCACUUGCGCUCACUCAAUCUAGAAGGCAAUAACAUUAAAACGAUAGAACAUUUGCAUACUAACACAAAGCUAGAAUACUUAAAUUUAGCUGAAAAUAGCAUUGGAAUCAUAACAGAUUUAUCGUUUUUGAAAUGUUUGAAAGAACUACAUUUGGCUGGAAAUCGCAUCACACAUUUGCGUCAAUGUGAGAAAUAUUUGCCGGUUGCCCUUGAAACGUUGUCUCUCGCGAAAAAUAGCAUCCCGGAUCUCAACGAAAUCUCGUCGCUCGUGCAUCUGAUCAACUUGAACAGCAUUACGAUCAACCAGAAUCCAUGUGUGCAGAUGACCGGCAAUGCUGUGGGCUUCGAUUAUCGCCCCUUUGUGCUUAAUUGGUGCAUGAGUGUCAAAAUUAUCGACGGUUUUGUCGUGAAUCCGAUCGAAAGUCUCAAGGCGGAGUGGCUCUACAGUCAAGGCAGGGGACGACAAUUUCGCGUGGGCGAACAAGAAGCUCUUGCGAAAUAUUUGAGCUCAGUUUGUCCGUUGUCGGGAGAGGCUUUGGAGAACGAGAACGAACGAAAAUUGCGAUUAAUUCUGAGUAAGGCGCAACAACAUCAACGUCAACUGCAGGAAAAUCCGAAUCCAAGUUCGACGAAUAGUAGUCCCUCGACGCUUCGGAGACGCGGCGUUAAUCGAGUUCAGUCUCCAAGAUUCAAUCGCCUUUCAUCCCAUCGUAACAACUCGCCCGAUAUAAGCAUGUCGAACAGCUAUCACGGCAGCAUCAUGUCAAAUUCGAUGAAUACAAGCCAAAUUGAGUCUCACAACAGUAAUCCGUUGGAGAUGACAAAGUCCCUGAUUGAGAAUUUCAGCGGAGACAUCAUGAGCCAAAGCAUGGAUACGUCAAGUUUGAACGUUUCCUUGACAAGUACAAACAGCGGAUCAAGUACAGCGACGAAUGCGACGUACAACGGCAGUAAAAUUGAAGUUACUCCCCCAAAAUGCUUGCCUGUCAUCAACGAUUCGCUCAAUAUCUCGAUGGGGCCCUUGCCAACAGUGCAAAAAAUGAUGCCCGUACCCGAAAGUCUCAUGAGCCCGGAUUGUCAACCCCCAACGUACAUUGGAAAAAUUAUUCCCGCAGCAAAUACGCCGCCUCAAAUCCCCAAAGUCAUGAAAACGAAGGAUGGGAAGCCCGUUGCUGCGAGGAAUUUGACGCCAAAGCUCACGGGAAACACGAAAAUUAUGACAGCAAAGUUGAAAAAUGAUCGCGGCGCGGGAUCUCCAAAACGAUCGACAACAAGUAGUGUCACGACAACGCCCAGAUCGAGCAUUUCGAGUAUUCAGUCGAUAAAUCCAGCGAUGAAAACACAAACGGUGCAUGUUCCUGCAACGAGAGAAGCAACUCCCGUGUCAAGUGAACGAAUUUUGAGCUCCGAAGACGAAGGCGACAGUUUUACGCAAGAGAAAAUUCAAGCGGUACGACAUAAGGCAGCGGAAAAAUGUCAGAAACAGAAGAAAAAUGCCGAAAUGUGUCUCACGAAUGUCUCGAAAACGACGGAAAAUUCGGCGAUUAUGAUUCAAAAGUUAUGGCGCGGGUACCGAACACGCAAACAACACCAUUUAGCGGAGAAAAUUCAACGAAAAAAGACGGAAAAUUACAUCAAGAAGCUCACAAAGGACAUGGAAGAGACAAAAGCAGCUCUCGAAAACGAACGAAAAAUCCAACAACUCCAAAUGCAAGCCAUUAACGCUCUCUGGAAGAAAGUUUCGAGUCUUCAACAGGCUCAAGCGCAUCAACAACAGAUCACAUCAGCAACAACGACGCCCGUCGUGCAAAAUAUUUUCGAAGAAACGUUGAAAUCCACAACUCUGAGCUUGAAUUUCGACAACCAAUCCGUGAAUGUAGUGCAAGAUUUGACAAAAACCUGUUCGAUGUUGAUGACACAAGUCGCCCAACUCCAAAAUUCCAUGCAAUCCAUGGUUAAUUGCAUGUCAAUGUUCGCUUCCUAUCCUCCAGCGAGCGUAAUUACAGGCGUUCAAGACUCCGGAAGCAACAAUUCGCGCGAUACAAUCGAAACCCAAACCGAAAUUAUUGCCGUUCAUACGCCGCAAGUCGAAAAAUUUCCCUUUAAUGGCACCCAAACGACAAAUAAUAGCAUUACAACAACAACAACAACCGCGAAUAACAAUAAUAAUAAACUUUUGAGACCCAAUAGCUUGCAAAUCACAUCGUCGACGGAGACAUCCCCGAAGAAUUUGCGAUUUAAUUCGGUGCAAGUGACAAAUAAUGAUGAAAAUCUCCCCGAUAACGAGGAGGAAGAAGAGAAAAAAGAUGAAAUUGCGAAAAUGGUUCAUAAUACGAGUGAGUUGAGUCUCGCAGCGGACGAUACGAAUAAUAUCGAUAAUGAGCCCGUGAGUGAAUUGGAGUCGGAAAAACAUGAAAACGAAGUCGUGACGGAGAUGGAAAAGGCGGAGGACGAGACGAUUGCUGAUGCGUCGUCAAUUUGCACGGAAAACUAAAGAUUUUUUUUUAUGAGCACCCGAGUUCCUUAGAUUUUAAGUUUUAAAGUUUUGAUCUCAUUUUUUGUAUGAUAUUUAAGGCCUUUGUGCGAAAAAUUAUUUUGACAGGUAAUGAAAAGUGAUAAAAAUGAAAAAUUUUUACAUGAA